AAGAACAAGGCGACGACGAAGAGUGAACAGAGGAGAAGAAGAAGAAGAAGUGGCAAAAGUAGCUAAAGAAAAACAAUACGGACUCCCAACUGACUGUCAACAAAUAAAGAGGUUACACACUUAUUCGCAAGACAAAAAUCCAACCGAUGAUGUAAGCUUCUGAGUCCAGAUAAAGCCUGUGUGAUGCUUGGAUUUGGUUGCUGGUUUGAUGGAUAUGAGACCCAAUCUCAGGACUCACCAGAGUCUCUUUUGCUUCUGAUGAGAGUCUGGGGAAAAUGUUAACAGAGAGUAUGCAUCUUGGCUGUAACCUUCCAAGAAAUUCCAUUUUUACAGCACUUUAAUCAAGCAACUGGAAGGAAAAUGGAAAAAGAGACAGCUGAGAAGGAGAUGGAUAGCAUUACAGAGCCUGAGGAGGAGAACCCUGACGGUGGUUGCACUUCAGUGACGAAGACCGGUCAGUGGGACGUCAGAGGGACUGAAGAAGACGAUGAACAACUAGACCAGGAGGACAUAACAGCUUAUCUCAAAUCUAAUACUCAGGACACCCCAGACUUAGCCACUCCCCAAGACUCUGGAAUUGGAGAAGCAGAUAACUAUGGAUCUGUGGAGGACAGGGAGGAUACUGGAGACGCUUCAGAUGGGUUGGAGCAGCACACCACUGCAGAUCAUGAUAAGACACAGGACGUUGAUCAAGAAGAUGUCGAAGCUGCAAAGGAGCAGCAUAUGAAUGGGGAGUCUGGUUGGAGGAGCUCAGGAAGUGGGAAGAAGUGCAAACUGCGGAGCAGUGUAGGGGGGUCAGUGUCAGAGCAAAGUUCAUCCAGUUCUGUUUACUCUUCGUCCGUUCAAAAGGGUAACGUUGUGUCAAGCGGUGGCAGGCACAAGCAGACUCGUAGACGUAACCACCAUCACCAUCAGCAGAGCCGGGGCCGCAGGCGAACAGGCAACCAGCUUGUUUUAGCCUUCAAGGAAAUGUUGUCGGAGUCUCUUAGCUCCUGGUGUAUCUCCUGCAUCUAUAUGGUGAUUGAGCUUAUUGUCACACUAACACACCACUGUGGAGUUGGUGUGGAGACUGGAGGGGUGAAACUAUACAACUUUGGGCAGCAGCUACUUGCAAAGGUCACAGAUAUCCCUGGGAUGAAGGCAGAUGCUGGUCGCGUUCUGGAAUGGAUAAAAUGCGCAGGAGCAGACCUGACUGAUAAGAGUGUCAGGUCAGUGAAGUGGGUAAAGAAAGCUGCUGUGUACUGCUUUGGACUUUUCUGUACUUUGGUAAUUCUUGGGUCCCAGUGGGCAAAGGGUCUGCUGGUUCGUUUCAGUGGAGAGAGGGGAAAAAGAUGUUGGGCAGCUUUCCAGGACUCAAGGUUCUGGAAAAGGGUGGUGGUCCUACUGGACAGAGUCAGAGGCUGGUUCAAGAGAGAUGGCCAGGUGCCACCAUCCACCCCUGAGUCACCUGGCAGAGGUGGGAGAUGCCAGCCGGGCCAGGAGCUGGAAAGACUUCUGGCCUUGGCUGAGAUACCAGAAGGUGAGCUGGACCCCUUCACGGUGCUUGGCGUAGAGGUCCAUGCCACUGAGGCUGAGCUCAAGAAGGCCUACAGACAGCUGGCUGUCCAGGUCCAUCCAGACAAGAAUAAACACCCCCGUGCUGGAGAGGCAUUCAAAGUACUGAGGGCUGCCUGGGAUAUUGUCAGUAACCCAGAGACCCGAAGAGAGUAUGAGUUGAAGCGCAUGGCAGCAACUGAGCUCUCCAAGUCCAUGAAUGAGUUCCUCACUAAGCUGCAGGAUGACCUGAAGGACGCCAUGAAUACAAUGAUGUGCACUAAGUGUGAAGGCAAGCACAAGCGUUUUGAGAUGGAUCGAGAGCCUGCUGAGGCGAGGUUUUGUGCAGAAUGUAACCGUUGCCAUAGUGCUGAGGAGGGUGACCUAUGGGCAGAGUCCAGCAUGCUGGGCCUACGAAUCACAUACUUUGCCUGUAUGGAUGGCAAGGUUUAUGAUAUUACAGAGUGGGCUGGCUGCCAAAGAAUAGGAAUUUCUCCAGACACGCACCGUGUGCCCUAUCACAUCUCCUUUGGUUCCAAGAACAACAGCAGCUCCACACGACACAGGGCUCCCUCAGAGCAUGCCACUGGUCCAAGCAACCCUGCAGAUUUGCAGGACUUCUUCAACCGCAUCUUCAAAGGAGGGCCUGCUAAUGAUAUGGCUGCCAACGGGGGCUUCUUCCCCUCAGGUCCACCCCACCAUCACCCACCUGGUGCUGGAGCACCCCCGUUCUCCACUCCCCCAUCGCAGACAAGCUUCUACAUGCCCGGGGGUCAUCGGCCAGAGCCCAGUGAGGCAUGGGCAGAAAGUGGCAAACCCCCUAGAAGGAGGAAGAAGGUCCGCAAGCCGUUUCAGAGGUGAAAUCUGUUGACAUCUCAGUUUAUCACUAUAGCGACACAGGGAAACAGCAAAUAAUGGCCAUGUUUGUCUCUCGCCUGCCUGUGGGCAUGCCAAGAUCUGCCCUUCAUGAGUUGAACUCAGGAAGAUUCAUGUGGGUAGGGCUGCCGACCUGAAGUCAACAUGGCGUCAGCCAGAUGAGAGAGGCUGGAUCAUGAAGAGGAACCAGUUGUCUGAGUUGAAGUAUUGAAGGAGGGCUUAAGAAGUGGCUGUGAUGGUGCUUUGUUACCUCUCAUUUCACCUUUUUUGUUGUUGGUCUUUAAGACGACUGUAGCCUUGGCAUUGAACUUUUUAUCAGGAUGCUGUACUGAAACUUUUUUUUGUCUUAAUUUCCUGCCAAAUCUUGCAUUGCAUGCAUGAUUUAUUCACUUGCAUUCAACACUUUGUUAUUGUUUUGAAUGAGGUUGUUUCUGUUAAGACAUUGCUUCAGACAGAGUGAGAGUUGUAGAGAGGAUUAAAGCCAACCUGAAUGUGAAUUAUGGAUCAACAUGAUCAAAAUGUGGAAGUUGAUAAUCUGGGCAGCUUGGUUGUGUCAGUGUUGCUGUGACUACAUUCGUGGCGUGUGGGUUCAAGAAUGAAUUCAAACCAGCCAUGCCCAAGUCAUUUGAAAGAAAACACAAAUGCUCCACAGAAUACAAUGAAGUGGAUGGAGGUAAACUUGUUUAUCAUUUAUUAUUAGUUAUGUUCAUUAACAAGGAGCUUCAGAAAAAUAAAAAUGCAGUGUUUUACAUUAACAUAGAUGGAUUUGGAGAGAAGAGGAGAAAGUGCACUUCCUUAAGAGAGCAGCAUUGCAUGCUAGGUUUGCCAGGUAUGUACUGGCUAGCAAGCUAGCUACCUAAUAUUAGCCACCAUGCCAAAAUGUUGAUAUUUAUAUUUCAAUACAGAGGCAAAAUCAUUCACACACCCUUCAACCUGUUGCCUUCGGUCAUUACUUGGUAAUGACAUUUAAUUUCAGCUAACAUUUCUCUGAUUUAUAUUUCUUUAGAAAGACUGCUUCUUAUUUUUGUCAGAAUUGUGUAGGUUACAGGAUAAUGCCAGAUUUUUAAUUUGGUGUGUGGGUCUUUGGCCUGAGAGAGACCCGCAGACCCAGUGACAUCAGAAUGCCUGGUGGUAUUGCCUGGAUCUUUUUGAAAUUAAAAUACACAUUUUAGUUUAAGUUUCAAGAUGUGCAAAAGUAAAACUGAAUACAGGACCUGAAAGGAGACAGUUUUGGUGAUUUGGCCAUACAAGAAGCUCCACAGAGCUAAAAACCAUACCUAAAUAAAAUAUCACUGUGAGAUGAUGUAGCCAUGAAAUUUGAAACUUGUAACAUCUUCUUGUAUUACUUCUAUUCAUUGAGCUGUAGCUGUGCCAAAACUGAAGCUGAUCUUUUCAUGGCGAUUGCCAGAGAAUCAGUUCCUGCAUUCUUAAACCAAUCAUGUGAAAGAACCAUGUGUCACAUUAAUGGUUGUAUUUGGUCUUUGAGGGUAACAGGCCAACCACACAGUUCAACAAUUCACAUUUGUAUGCCACGUGAACAUAAACGGAUCUCUCCCAAAGCCAGAGACCACACAGAAUACAACAUGAACGUGAAUUAAGACACAAAGCUGAAUGAGCAAAGACGGUGCUGUUUAAAUUUUCAGAUUCAGAAUGGCCAACCAAAGUAAAGCUCACUAAGGUAUAAAAACUCAAACAUGGCAUUGGUCCUACACACUAAAUUUGUCUGCCAGUAUAUUGACUUUGGAGCAGCUUCUUUUUUAUAAUUCCAUCACCGGUUCAGAUGUAGUUUGCUGGCACUGGAGAAAAAGUUCAAACUGUCCUACACCACAGACCCAUCCCAUCAGCAGGAAUGAAUUUAGAAGCAUUUCUCUGUAAUCUUUUAAAAAUACUGAGCCCCAAGCUGGGUUAUUUUGAUGAGUUGUCAAACCUUUUAAAAUGAUACCUUGGCAUUUUGAAUUGUUUGCUGUUUUUCUUCACCAGGCUUUAAUCACACUGUAGGGAAAACAAAUCUCUGAAAAAAGUCAAUGAUGUGGGAGUGUGCUGCCCCCUGUUGAGCCAGUGUGAAACCCCAAUAUUGUCCUGUAAUGUUUUGAUUUACUGAGAAGUCACUCUUAAUUAGCUCACACAGCUACUAAUUCAAGAGCUGCUAACAUGUGAUAGCCAUGAAUUUUUAAUGUGAUUUGAAUCAGUAAAUCAUGUCAGUUUACAAACACUGAAGCAAGCGAUUUGUAUACACUGGGAUCUGGAAAAAAUAUGUGAGGAUUUUUUUUUGUUGUUUUCUCAUUCUUCACAAAAAAAGUCAGGUUUCAAGUUGUCCUUUUAGCAGUUAUUAUACCUAGUUUGUAUCACUGGUUUCAAUGGGAGCUGCUAAGAUGCAUUGCGUCAUACAGUACACAUAAAGUGCCAAUAGAGAACAAUUUUCCCCAAUGUGAUGAGUCAUCAGGAGAGAAAAGUGGCUGACAAAAGCCUCUGUGGGCUUUAACUACUGUAACCAUAACCUGGUAACUCUGUAAAUUUUAACCCAUGUAAUCCUGGUAAAGACAAUAAUACAUUCAGUUACUCUAAUCCUGUUGCCAUAGGCUGUAAUUUCAUUUUUUUUUCUUUUACAAAAUUUACCUGAUAGUACUCACCAUGCUUGAGGUAAUACUAAUUAUUUUGGGACUAUUACUGGCUUUAAUAGUACAUCUUGAAUGAGAAAGCUGUCAAAAACAGUUGCCAUAGUAUGUGUAAGUAUACCCAGUUACCUGGUACAUAGCUUUCUCAUGAUUGAUUGGAACAGAUUUGUCUUUGAAAAAUUGUACCAUUCCGGUUGGUUAAUUUGACAUUUUCAUCCUCAGUCCUUCAGUCCUUCUUCCCAUUAAGUGCCAUUUUAUGUGUCAGCCAUGAGGAGGGCCUGUUCAUUUUCUGAUUUCUGUAUCAGCGAUACAUCACGGCAGUCCAGUCUGGGGUUGUGUCAGUUCAGUCUCACAUCAGUUCAAACGUGUAAAAGUCCAGUGUCUCCAUGUAAUUCUAACUUUGGGUGAGUAGGGAUGUCGGAAAAUGUCUUUUUUCUUUCCCCUAACUCUGGGGUCCUCUUUGGUAUUUCAUUCUGGGAUGCCACCUCAUUAACCUGACCCAAAUCUUGUAGCGAAAAUUUGACUCUUGAAAUUCUUCAGAAAUUAAAUACAAAGUAAAUUUUCAGCUGCCCAUGAAGUGCCAUAACAAUUGGAAGAUCUCAGAUAUGCAUAGCUGUUAUGUUGUCUUUUGAUAAUAUUAUUUUGGUAAUAUUAAAACUCCAGCUGCAACCGAGUCUGAGCUCCAAGUCAGACAGAAAAACUGGCAUUUUUUUAACGACACCAGAUGAUGAUACCUUUGCCAUCUGGAUGGGCUUCAACAUUCAAAAUGUCAAGGUCUCAGCUUUACAGAAAGUCUAAAAGAACAACUUGUUUUUACAGUAUCUCCCUGGCAUUCCUGUGAGUCACAAUGAAACAUGAAUGAAAUCUGAAAUUACAUUGAGUCAUUGUAUUUUGGUUUUGGGUUUGCUGUAGUUCCUGAUAUGAUUAUGUAGAAAUUACAACUUCAAGCUAAGUUAGUUUAAAAAAUCCAACUGUUGUUUACAACUCUGGUAUCUGAAGAUUAAUUUUUUUGAGAGUAAAACGAUUAUAACUAUGCGAUAAAGUGUUUGACUAAGGCUAUUUUUGUUGAAGUUUGAUGAAAAGCACCAUUUUGGCACAACUCUGUCUGCUGCUUUUUUUUUCUCUCUCUCUUGUAAGUUACUCUGCAAACCCACCCAGUGAUGUCAAGAGAGUUAACAGUUUUGUUUGACUUCAGCUCAUCUGCCUUCUCUUAGUCAGACUCUUUUCAGCUACAGCUGGAUGGGAGAUCUAGCUCACUAAGCUAACAGUUCAUAUUUUGAAAUCAAGAUUUUUUUUUUUUUGUAGAAUUACAAUGUUAAAUAAUUGAGGGGCAAUAUUUCAAAAAUCUGAGAUGCCCAAGGGUUUUGUUCCAGUUAGCACUCUGGAAGAAAAAAAACCUGCACUGUCAUUAUGUGAUGAUCAUUAGGGCUUAUAUGGUAGCUUGAAGAGGUGUUCCUUUAUUGCAAAAAUUAUUUUGAGCUCCUUGGCGUUGGAUGUUUUAUUUUGCAAUUUAAGUCUUCAUUGUUUUCUUCUCGGAUGUAUGUAACAGCCAGUUUCCUAGACAGGAACAGAGCACAGUCUGAACUGAAAUUGCACUUUAAAAUGGAACAGAUGAAACCAGAUUUCAUAGAUAGUGAAAGUCACAAUAACCAGAUAUUGAACUUUUUCUGGUCACUUAAAAAACAAACAAACAAAAAAUUAGAUCCACUCCAGGACUUCAAGUUCCCCAGAUGGGCAGGUUUAAGUGAAGAUGUACAUGAUAUCCACUUAAUAGUAAAAGAGGCCAAAUAGUGUAAAUGUACAUCACUAUAAAACUUAAGAAACAAUUAAAACAAAAUUUAAAAAAUACAAAUUUGAUGUAUGAUUUUUUUUCUACAUGUUGUGUAAAACUGUCUAUGAUUGGGUUUGACUUGAGAUUGUCUUUAACAAAAAACCUUCAAAGCCAUUUUGGGGUUUUGAGAGAACAUUGUGCAGCUGUGGCUGAUUGUCACAGCUAAGAACAGCGGAUCCACAUUCAAAUCUGAGAUAUUUCACGAAACGUGAUCUACUAUCUAAGAUUAAAGCUUACUUGUGGCUUCAUCUACUCUGUCUAGGAAACUGGACCUUUUAUUUUUACCUAUUUUAGGCUGAAUUCACUGCUUUCCAUAUAUUAUGUCCGCUUUGACUUGAGAAUGUACAUUACUGUAUGUUUAAGGUAGCUGUCCUAAGUAAGCAAGUCCAAGAUGAUGAAUGCAACGGAAGAGCCAACACCCGAGUUUUUUUUUUUUUUUCUUUUAAAAGUUUUAACAGACUAUACAGAAGUAUUGCAAAAAAUAUGACAAUCAUCAGGGUUUAAUGUGCAGGACACGUCAAGUACAUGUACCAUUUUUGUUAGGGAAUAGGGGGUGAGUUGCCUGGUUGGCAAACAGUUUUAAAUCUUACUGUUGGGUUUCUUUCCCCUGCUUUCUCUGGUUUUCAAAAUAAAGAUGAUUUCCUAUA